CGACCACGCGACGCGAGAUCUCAGAAGGAUGAGAAACAUCAGAAACAUCCUGACCAUCAAACUGACUUACGAUGUAAAAAACAAUUAUUUCGAGAUGUACAUAAUAUUUUAUGACUCGUUCCUAAAAUUGUGCCCGUGUUAGACUUCUAAAAAUCUAAAAAGAUAGGGAAAGUGGUUGGAGAAAGUUUAGCAAGCAUAAGCAAUUUAUUACAUAAUCAUAUGAACCUGCAUUGCCCCAUGGUUCGGCUCGGCCUUUUCAAACACAAAACCGAGCAUUGCAAGUUUAUAAUAAUUUUUAUUUUUUGAUAUUUUUUAAGUGAAAAUUGAAACCUCUCUAACUCCUUGACUCAAUUGAUAACUAACAUUUAAGAAAAUUCACGGCAGAUUUUAGUCAAGUUCUACUACUGUGAUGCCGACCGGUGACCGUGUGGCCGGUGUAACAAGUUCACAAGCUGGCUGCAGGUAACUCAUGUCUAUUCUACGACAUAAAAUACCUCGGGUGUAUCUAGUGAUAAAUAAUGUUCGAAAGUUAUGGCUGAGCCAUCCUCAAUACGCAAGGACACAUUAUCAAACGUUAGGAAUAGGAAACGCGGCAUCAAAAGCAGAAAUCAAACGAGCCUACUACGACUUAUCCAUGAAGUACCAUCCAGACAAGGAUAAGGGAAACGAAGAUAAGUUUAGAGACAUCACCACAGCAUACGAAGUUUUGGGCAAUCCUAGGCUUAGGCGAUUGUAUGACCGAGGUCUCAUCUCGGACGAACAGCCCGAUGCUUCAGUUCAUUACCCCACGGAACCUGGGAGUGGAUCCACUGGGUUCACCGAGAGUGACGUGCAGAGGAUCAAAACGUCCGUAAAAACCUUUGACCAAUGGACACAAGACCAUAUGAGCGAAACCUUUUCCAGAACCCAGUACAACAGAAGCAACCAAGAUAAGAAAAAUCGUGCAAAAGUGAUGCACAGUUCAACCGGAAAUGAAAAUACAAUUUUGCUCGUAAUCUUUGGCUUAAUUUUAGUGUUGAUAUGCUGUACGCCCGAAAUUAAAAACAGCGAUAGGAAAAAAUCUUGAUGAUAAAGUCAUUUAGUGUAAUAAUAAUAAUACAUAUGUCGUAGUGGGGUGAACGGGGUGAAUAUUAUGCAGUCAUUUAAUAAAUAUUAAACAAAUGAAUCAAUUACAUCAAAUAUUAUUAAUUGUAGUUGACAUGAAAAAUUUUACUUGAUAAUAGCUAAUAAAUCCGCCAUGAUACAUGUCAUACA